AUGUCCUCUGAUUCUGCUGUCCAGGAACCGCCAUAUUAUGUCCUAACUCGGCCACUUCCAAACGCAUCCUCACAGGCGCCCGCCAACUUCGCCCACCCAGUCAUCGAGUAUCACUUCGCAGAUGACCCGCCUUCGCUCCUCCUUCCAUCAUCAGAAACUCAAAGCGUUAUCAUAAUUGACUAUGAUGAUCUCAACUCACCUCCGGUCGCUCAGAGUCUCAAUCAAAACUUGGCUGUUGCUGGCGUCAAAGUGUCACCUGCGCCUGGUGCCUCAGCCGCCCCGUCAACGCGUGAAGGUGACCUAAAGCGAAACGAUCAAAUGUAUAUCAUAGAAACGCUUGGUAGCAUUGCAGCAGAGAGCAGUGUCAGUGAAUCAUUAUACGACCUUGACAACCCGCAGCUCAUCCUUUCGCAAUUCCGGGAACGGAAUGUGCUUUUGAGGAGAGUGUUGGACCAGCCUUCGACAAAGCUGCCAGCUUCACGUCCAGAACCUGAAGUGCUCCCAUCAGACGAAACUUAA